CGCAUGAUCUCAUGCCCAAAUGGACAUGGAGUUGCAAUGGCACUGGCAGCGGUUCGUUGUUUCGCCCUGGCCGUGGUGGCCUUGGUCCAGCUGAAUGCAGAAGAGAUCCCCCGGUGGACCUUGAACUUGGAAUAUGAUGGGGACAUUGACUUGGAGCCUCAAGCGGCCUAUGAUGCCUGUAAGGUCUUUUUCAGCCUGGGGGGUCGACAUGUCAACAUCCCAAGCAACAGCACCACAUGGCAACUCCGAGCCGUGGCAGAAGCCCUGCAGAAUCGUCGCCUGGGGAAUCCUGGGAGCGACGUCUUCAUCUCUGCUGAGUUGGCGUUGCCGGAUUUGGUCUACGAGAAAAGUGUCAACGCACUGCAGAGGAUGUUGGAACUGCUGGAAAUCUCCCACUUUGAUCUAGUGCUUGUGGGUGCUGGUGAUAGCGGCUGUGGUGAGGUCUGCGUUUCUGGAAGCCUGGCAGCUGCAGAGCACAUCGUGGUGCGUGGUGGCGGCGUCGUUGGUGUGAGUGGGUGGAGCCUGCUGCAGCUGCAACGGAUGACUCCACUGUUCCGAAAACCACUACGGGCCGUGAAACUGGAGAUGGAUUUCCUGGCAGCCUCGCAUUUGCCCGUGGUGAAAUACUGCCUGGCCAAACACAUCCCCGUCACUGCCCGCUGGCAAAAUCCUGGGCGCCUCACAGGAAUGGUGUUGAUAAAGAAUAUCAGUGCGGAACAGGUUACAUUCGCUGCACAGCUCAUAGCCUUCGACUGGAUGCAUGUUAAGUCAGUUUCAGUGGCACUUCCACACAGCAUGAAAGACGACGAGAUGUACGCUGUGAUGGCAGCCUCUGACAUAGACCUCUCAGACAUGGAGAGGCGAGCGGGAAUCAUUGAGCAGCAGUUUUGGCCACAGUGGGGGAAGGCAUCGCUCUACCAGGUGAGCAACAGCUGCCCUGCUGGACUUGAAAUUGAUUCCGCUUUGGAAUGUGAGAAUGCGAGGAAAGACCUGUCUCUCAGUGGCAAUGUUUCUCCUGGGCCAUGGAAAGGAUGCUUUUUGACCAAGACAUGUGACUCAUAUGAUUCUGAUUGUGAGACAGUCUCUUUUGGACCUGAAGAAAGCACAGUGUCAACAGAUGCGAAGACCAAAGCGAUCUGCCAGAAAGACGCAGGCGCCGCAGGCACCGUAGGCGGAGAGGUGCCUCAGCAGGGCAGCACCUUGUUCUUGGCCAUGUGCAUGGGCUCCUCAUACUUUGACCGCUACUGCGCCCCGUUUUUCCUGUCCUUCCUUCGCAUCUACGGCGCGCCGUCGUCGCCGUCGGUUCGGCUGCGGAUUUGGGUCAUGGCCGUGGAGCACGCGCAGCUCCGCAAGGCACGGCGUCUGCUGCGGCAGCUGGGCCACGGCCUCGUGGACUUCGACGAAGGCAACUUCAGCGCCCUGAAAGAGCAGUGGUCCCAGGAGCACUCUGGUGGGGUGGAGGACUACUUAGAUGAAACGACCGACGAUACAAGCCCGAUUUCCAAUCGACGUACAGGCUGUCGGCCUUCAACAUAUCACGACAAUGGGAGCACGAUUGAAACUGUUUGUGAUCCAGGAGUCCACGAUGAAAGGAUGCUGAUUAACAAUGCAAACUUCUUCAUGUGGGUCAUCCAGCAGGUGAAAUUGCCAGAAAACAGAGACUUUCAAUACAUCGUGACAAUCGAUUCGGAUAUGCUAUUUUGCAAGUCCUUGGAAAGAUUCCUGCCUUUUAACCAAACGAAUGGUCCUGAGUGGGACUAUGCCUUUACAGUGUAUGACCGGGAGCAUGAAGUGCCAUGGGGCAGCAACGAGGAAGUCGCAAAGACCAAGAAUGGCCAUGUGCGAUUGAAUGCUGGCGUGCAACUCUUCAAGAACAGUGGGACAUUGGUGCCAUUUCUCACCCACUAUUUGGAGACCAUUCAGUAUGUCCUGAGAUGGGGCCAUGCCGGCCAUGGAGCAAACGAAGACUAUGAAAAUCCGGUGGCGAAGCUGUUGGAGGAGUUUAAGGCGCCCAACCAGGCUGCCAUUGCGCUGAUCGUGGGGACAUCCAAUCUGCUGUACGACGACUGCGAAGUUUGUCGGCACACUCUGAAUCUCGAAUCCAAUCCUGAACUUGCGACAACUUUGGGCAGUUUCUCUCUGAAGGUUCAAGCGCUUCCCAUGCGCUACCUGAACCAAGCUGAGUCCUUGAAAAAUGGUUAAAUUCCAGAUGACCUUCAUAUGCUUCACCUGAAGGGUCUGUGGUGGCGAAUCCUGGUUAUGGAAGCGACAGCUCAUCCGACUGAGACCCGAUGCUACCACUGGAAUUUUGAGGCGUAUGUUUACUGGGUUGCCAUGUUCAGAAUUUGGCAGCCUGACUACGAUGCAAGUCUGACCGUUCUUUCCGAUGUAUCCAAAUGCAACGACACUUCAGUGGGCGAGCCAAGACAGCAUCCGCUGGUCUAGUCAUCUCGGGUCAUAGGAUUAGUCAUGGACGAGUCACUGGAGACAGUCGUCGAGGGAAUCGGCCACAAUCGCCAGACACGGUGCUCAGAGCCCGGCUGCUACGCCCAGCCUCUGAAGCGGAGCUACCAGCGAAGUGGCCGACGCUACUGGUUGUCAUGGACAAGUAAAGCUUGUUUGCCUUCAAGAAAUGACAAUUCUUGCCAUGAGCUAUGACCUGUGAGACGCACAUGUUGCUAGGACAACAUCAAGCGUCACAGCGGCGUGGUGAUGCACGUCGCCAUGGUCUCACAGAUUCAGAUCCCAGUUGCGCAAACGCUGCACAUGUCCGGUGUGAAGGAAGAGUUGCAUAAA